AUGGCCAAUGACAGUACAAUACCAUGCUCGCCUCGAGUUCUGGGCCAGGAGGAGCGGAAUUGGCGUGGUGGCAAUACGGAGAGCAAAUUCGGAGAACCGAACAUGGCGGAUGAAGAUGUGCAAAUGGGGAAUCUGGACCCCAACGACGCAGAUGAGGAGGAAGCUGCACACGAUGAGGAAAGCACCAGUUCAGACGAUGAGGGAGGCAUCAAUGCAGACGAUGAAGAAGGCAUCGAUGCAGCGGAGGAGAGGAGAGCGGGGGAGAGGAGGAGGGAGUUCCAUCGACGAGUCGUGAUGGACCUCAACCGACCAAGAGACCGACAGUUAAGGGAAGCCGCUGAUCUACCCCCGCUACCUAUGCCACCUGGAGAAUUUCAGCGUCGGGGUGGGGUGAUUGGAAACGAAUGGGGUGCUGCAGAAAGAAGACCACUGCUACCACCUAGAGAUGAUGAACAACAGCCUGGUUUGGGCCCAUACCAAGGACCUGAACAACGGCUACAAGGGCUUGAUUGGGGUAGAGCACCUGAACCACGACCUCCCAGGCCUAUGUUAAACCCUCCUAGAGCAGAUCCAAUAGCGCUUGGUGUGCCCAAUAUGGGCAAUCCUGGUCAACCUGGACCUCUGCCUCAUAGACUAGGUGAACUACGUCCAGAUAUGGUUGGGCCUGACUUUGGUGGAGCAGCUGCACGACCAUAUAUGGGCAAUCCUGGACAAUCUGGACCUCUGCCUCAUAGAUUAGGUGAACUACGUCCAGAUAUGGUUGGGCCUGACUUUGGUGGAGCAGCUGCACGACCACCGAUUCGGCGUGACUUGAAACCCCCUAGUCCGCUUCACUUAAGACCUGGAGAAAUUGAACAACCUGAAUUUGCUGGAGCAGCACGCAGCGUCUUGGACAAAGAAGAAAGAGAUCUUGCUAGAGAACCUGGUCGACCUCCGAGAGCAUCUGAACCAUUUUACGGAAUACAUCACCCUGAUUUGGGCAGGGCAGCGUCGGCCAGUUCAGCGGAAUCACCAGCACCAGCACCAGCAGUUGGACAACAGCCGAUCAGGCGUCAGGUGAAACCUCCUGAGAAUCCUUUCUUGGGAAAUCUUGGCGAACCCGGACAGCCGCGUGUAAGGCCUAGGAGAGACCCUCCGAGAGCAUUUGAACCAUUUUCAGGAAAACAUGGUCCUGAUUUGGGCAGAGCAGCAUCGGCCAGUGCCUCGGAACCACCAGCACCCCUACCUCCCGGUCAAAGAAUAUCGCCAGUAAUUCCUAGACCUAAUGAUGAUGGAACAGCAUCCAACUCCUCGGACGAAGAUAGGGCCGAAGAUUAG